UUCAGCCAAUGGUGAAGUCAUGUCAUGAAUGCUAUCAGACUCUAUGCAUCUCUAUGUUGGACAGCUUAAACGUUUGUGCUUCAGAUGUUCCUUCUGUUGAGAACAUAAAACAAGAAGAUAAAGAAGCAAUCGCAGUGUUCGAUAAAAACUCAAUGAGCCUACAAUGCUUUAAUCCUCGGAAUAAUACUUGGACAAAAAUGCAGAACAUGCCUGGAUCAGGAAUUAACUUUUCUGCUGUGGCUAUUGGUGCCUACAUUUAUGUUCUCAUGAAAGAUCGAUCUGUUCAUCGACUGAAACACUCAGAUCAUGAAGCUACUUGGGAGAGAAUGAAUGAUAUGAUGUAUGAACAUGGGCCGUGUCCUCCUGUUGCUGUUUUGUCUGGAAACAUAUACGUUGUUGGUAUUUUCGAUAGUUACUCAAAAUCAGUUGAAAAGUUUGUUCCAUCAAGAAACAAAUGGGAAAAAGUAAAAGACAAAAAUCUCAACAGUUGUUAUUCAACAGCACUGGGUGCUAGAGGUUGUAUAUACAGCAUUGGUGGAAAGGUAUCAGGUCGUUACACCAACCAAGUAGAAAGAUUUGACCCAACAUCAUCAACUUGGUCAUUUGUUGCAUCCAUGAAUGAAGCAAAGGGAUUGGUCGCAGCUGUUGAAAAUGAAGGGAAUAUAUAUGUUCUAGGUGGGAAGGCAAACGAUCACUUGACAACAGUUGAACGAUAUGAUAUUUCAACGAACGUGUGGUCCACGGUAACUCCCAUGUUAACGAAGCGGAGCUGGUUCAGUGCUUUUGUGAUUGAUUCAAAUAUUUACGCAGUUGAAGGAAUGUAUAGUUCACCAGGAAGCAUGGAAAAGUUUGAUUUCAAGAAAGUUCAAUGGGAGAUGAUUGACACGAAGAACAUGAAUCUGGCGAUACUCGAUGCAGUAAAAAUUAAUUUGAAGUGAUUUGAUUGUAUAUGACAGAGAACACAGUUCCUUGUGUUACCAUUUAAGGACAUAAUAGUAGUUUAUGUUUGUAUUCUUACUAUUAUGGAAUUGUAUGAUAGAUAUUUGACAUUUAAUAGGUGCUCGUGUUACCACUGAGUAAAUUUUUUAAACUUCUAUAGUGAUUUCUUGCAUUACUUACCGUAAAUAAUUUAAAUAGUUUUCUUAAAUGUAAUUACUCAAUGACAUUGCCUAGAAACUUCAACUCACUGGACAUAGCUAUGUUUACUACUGAUGUGAAGAAAUUUUUUUAAAUGAUUU